GGGGAGGUGCUAAUUUGGUGGAGAUACGGUUAAACAGAAUGGAUGGAAAGGGAAAGAAAUUAGAAAAACCUUCAAUUAACUGUAAUGCACAAAACUCAAGUGAUAUUAGGAUAAAACGUAUGCUUGAAGCAAACAAUGAAGGUUUCCGCCCUAAAAGAGCUGCUCUCCCAGUGGAAGAACCAAACAAGUGUUAUUUACUGCGAGAAUUCACUGCCGAGAGGUCAUCCAUUGAGAAAGGAAUGCUGGAUGUUGAUCGACUCAUUCUUAAACUUUUAACUUCUGGCACUUUGGACUUUGUCUCCUUGAACAAUAUUACUCAACAUCCCGUUAGAAAUGACAGGACUCGAGCUCUGCUGGACCACUUUUUACAAAUAAAUAACAAUGGCAUUUUAAGGCAGUUUGUUUCUCAUAUGCGGGACCCGGUGAUACUAAAUGCAGAAGCACUGAACUGGGCUGAGUAUAUGCAAGGAUGCAGUGACAGCUGCUGUAUGUUCUUCAUUAAGAAAUAUGCUGAUGUUUUUAAAUAUGUCUUGGAGGAAUACAGUGUGGAGCGCUUUGCAGAAUACUUCGUGAAAUCAGGAAUGCUGAAAGAAUCGGAGAGCAACGAUUUAUGCAAGUAUAGCCAAAAGGAGGGAGCAGAACGUUUUAUGCACAUCUUAUUCACCAAAAAAACCAUUUUGUGUGUAGCGGACAUGUGGUUUACAUUAGUGGAACAUCAGAAUGACCUUCCUUAUCUGGGACCAUACAUCAACAGUUUCCUGAAAGCAUUUGAUGAACAAACUGGGCCCUUCUGUCCACAAUUUGACUCUGAACUGCCAGUCAAACCACUGUUAAUAAAAAAAUGCUAUGUCAAUGUCUAUCGCCUGCUUCAUUUAAUACAUGUGGAAGGCACGGAGGCUGUUCGGAGUAUUUUUGAUGCACACAUAUCUCCAGAGGAAUUGAAUGAAGAAGUUGCAAAGAAUAAAGUCUUAAUCAAGAAUCGGUUAGAAGGAGCAGAUUUUAGCAAUGUCCGAAAAAGAUGGAUGAAUAUUAUUUAUUCAACAGAGAAAUCAAAAACUCUGCAUUUUACAUUGCCGAUCUUUCAGUUUCUCGCUGUGUUUAUGAAGAAGUUUCCCCGUCCCAAAAAGGGUUGGACUGGGAGGCUUGCAAAAUCUGAUGUAUCCCCAGGAGCUUAUUUGCGACGCAUCUGCGAAAUGCGAGAUCACCUUUUGAAAGAGAUUUUCCACACAGAUCUGACAUACAAAAAAUUUGACCAAAUAUGGAAUGAAGCUGCAGAUAUACUUAUUCAUCUUGGCAUUGAUGAUAAGCGGCUCCAAGAACUUCGCUUGCAGCCAAUGAACGUUAUCUUCAUCGACAGGCGAUACAUGGAGAAAUAUUUUAACAAACCACUGUCCCAGCUUUUGGAAGAACUUAUUGUUAGACAUCACAGAGGUAUCAAUUCAAUCUGUGCUUGUUCUUUGGCAGAGGAUCUAUGUGCGGGGCAUGAAACCCAAAAGCAUGGGCUAAAAUUGGUUGAUACUACCGAAGAGCAAAAGGAAAAGGAGACCUCAGAGGAUGAGUUUGCAAAACCUGUUCCUGUAACAGUAGACUCAAAAUCAAAGAAAAGACGGAAAAAGUCAAGAGGCAAAAAGAGUAAAAAGACAGAAGCUGCUGCCCAGACAACUUUACAGGAAGCUGAAAUGCUCAAGGAAUUAAAAAGUUCCGUGACUCAGAAUAGUAAAAUGCUUGAGGAACAAAAUCAAGAACUUAUACUGGAGUCUGAAGCUACAGCAGCUGCUGAAUCCUGUGACUUCAAUAGUAGAAGUGAAGAUGAACCUGAAAAAGAAAGAAGUCAGGUGAAGAUUUUGAAUGGAAUGGUUGAUGUAUGCGUCAACACUGAUGAUAUUGAUUUCAAGGAGUCUUUCAAGAGGAUAGAGGAAGAAAGGAAUAGAUUAACACAUACCAUUGAAGACCUACGUGACACCUGCAAACAAAUAGAAAAUGAAAGCCAUCUUGAAAUUAAAGCAUGGAAACAGAAAAUCCAUGAAAAGGAGAAGUUGCGUGAGUUCUUGUGGUCAUCCACAGUAAUGCUAAGAAGAGAGAUCCAGAGACACUGA